AUGUCUCCAGGGGUACCCAACGAAGGCUUCCCAGCAAACACCAAUCGCCCAGCCCCAGACCCCAAAUACAACAGCAAAGGCUGGCAAGUGGAAAACGACAGAGGCUACCGCAUCCUAGAAGAGCACUUCGGAACUCUGCGCCCCCUACGCGUAAUCCACAUCGGCGCCGGCGCAUCAGGUAUCUGCUUUUCGAAGUUCGCCAAGGACGAGCUGCAAAACAUCGAGGUACAGGUCUACGAGAAAAACCAUGAUAUCGGCGGAACCUGGCUUGAGAAUAGGUAUCCCGGCUGCGCUUGCGACAUCCCUUCAGCCUGUUACCAGUUCACCUGGGACCGGAACCCUAAUUGGUCACGAUAUUACUCCGAAGCACCGGAAAUAUGGAAGUAUUUCAAAGACGUGGUCGACAGACACGAUCUGAUGAAAUAUGUCAAAUUGAGACAUAGUGUCGUUGCUGCGGACUGGGAUGCAAAGGAAGGUAUCUGGCAUGUUCGGAUCCGGGAUGAAGAGACUGGUGUUGAGUUUACGGAUACUUGUCAUGUGCUGGUGAACGGUGGUGGUGUUUUGAAUAAUUGGAAGUGGCCGGAUAUCCCUGGUCUGCAUUCGUUCAAGGGUAUUCUUCAGCAUAGUGCCAACUUCACCGAGGGAUUGGAGCUCAAGGGUAAGAAGGUUGCUGUGAUUGGCACGGGCAGCAGUGGGAUUCAGAUCAUUGCGAAGAUUGCGUCCGAGGUCGGGCAGUUGUAUACUUGGGUUCGAUCGCCUACGUGGAUUACAGCUGGGUUUGCGCAGAGGUUUGCGUCUAAAGAGGGUGGGAAUUUCGACUAUUCUGCGGAGCAGAAACAGAUCUUCAAGGAGAACCCGGAACUCUACCUCAAGUAUUCUAAGAUGAUUGAGUCGGAGCUGAAUCAGAGAUUCAAGUUUAUUCUGAAGAAUACGCCUGAGUCUACAGCCGCUAAAGAGUACGCACAACAAGAAAUGACUCGAAAGCUCUCCAACAAUAAAGAGUUAAUGAACGCAAUCAUCCCCAAAGACUUCAACGUAGGAUGUCGAAGACCAACCCCCGGAAACGGUUUCCUAGAAGCCUUAUCCCAGGAGAACGUAACGGUCUUCACUCAGCUGAUGAAGUCCAUAACGCCAACCGGCUUCAUCGAUCACGAAGGACAAGAACAUGAAGUAGAUAUCAUCAUCUGCGCAACAGGCUUCGACACAUCCUGGAUCCCCCGCUUCCCAAUCCGAGCAAACGGCCACACUCUCGCCGAUCUCUGGCGCGAAAGACCAACCUCAUACAUCUCCGUAGCAGCUCCACACAUGCCAAACUACUACACAAUGUGCGGCCCCUACGGACCCCUCGGGCACGGCUCCUUCCUCCCUUUAAUCGAAACGCUGUCACGGUACAUAAUGCAAAUUCUGCAAAAAAUGCAAACAGACCGCAUAAAGUCCCUAACACCCAAACCCGAAGCCAUCGCGCAGUUCAUCGAGCACGCAGAACUCUUCUUACAGAGAACUGCGUGGGUAUCUGGCUGCAGUAGCUGGUUCAAGCAGGGACGGGUGGAUGGGCCGUUGCCGAUGUUUCCCGGGAGUCGGUUGAUGUAUCUGAAUCUGCUUUCGAAGCCGAGGUACGAGCAUUACGAGUUGCGGUAUUUGAAUGAGGGGAAUAUGUUUGAGUUCCUGGGGGAUGGGUUUGAUGCGAGGGAGUUCGAUGGGAGGGAUUUGUCGUAUUAUUUGGGG